UUCAAAUCAGUAAGUCUUCUGAUUAUCAGUUCUACAUGCAUUGAGUAACUGUGAGACGUAUCUAUCUCUCGCAUCUACACUAACGUCAAUUCGAAUCAGCAUCAGAAUCAGCACUGAUCGGCCGAUGCUUAUCUCGACAGUCUCAACCCCGCACGGCACAUUAUGCAACUUAGCACUUUCCAAGCCUCUCUAACUUCAUCUGCUAUCAGACCCAAUCUUUCUUAACACACCCUAUACUGGGUAACAUUUUACUUACAACUACUUGUUUCUAACAAUCGAAAUAGAACAUCACCACCAUGGCCUACCAGUCAGACGAAUCCCUAGCCACAAUUCUAAACAAUUCCCUGAGCCAUCACAUUGAAAUCUUCCGCGCUAGGAACUUAAAGUCAGGCGCAGCCAUUCAAACAGCUGAAAACAGUAUCCCCAAUGGCACCUCGCGCGGUGUGCUCUUUCACAUCCCGCACCCACUCGUCUUCCGCGGCGGACAUGGCUGCUAUCUCACCUCACUAGACGGAGACGAAUACGUAGACUUCGUCUCCGAAUACACAGCAGGCAUGUUCGGGCACUCGCAUCCAGCCAUCAUUGAGGCCAUGCAAACUGUCACGCAGCAAGGGUUCACGCUGGGCGGUGUUACCAGCAAAGAGGGUGAACUGGCGCAACUUCUUAUCUCGCGGUUCGCAAGUAUAGACGCAAUCCGGUUCUGUAAUUCGGGGACGGAGGCAAAUAUGUUCGCUUUGGGGGUUGCUGUCGCAUUCACGGGGAGAAAGAAGAUCCUCGUCUUCAAAAACGGCUAUCACGGCGGCACGCUCACCUUCGGGGCUAACACCGCCCUCAACCUUCCCCACGAAUUUACUAUCGCGAAUUACAACGACAUCCCAGAUACCCGAGCAAAACUCACCUCCGACAUUGCUGCCAUCCUCGUGGAACCUAUGCAGGCGGCGGGAGGGAUGAUCCCGGCUGACAUUCCCUUUCUGCAAUUCUUACGGGACGAAGCGACCCGACUGCAGGCAGUACUCAUCUUCGACGAAGUCGUCACAUCACGACUCUGCUAUGGCGGACUUCAGGAACGGUACGGUAUUGUACCGGAUAUGACGACUUUAGGGAAGCAUUUCGGCGGCGGGUUCUCGUUCGGUGCAUUUGGCGGGAAGAAGAAAAUUAUGCAGUUGUUUAAGCAGGGAGAAGAGCAGUCUUUAUUCCAUACUGGGACGUGGAAUAACAAUGUGUUUUCAAUGACGGCUGGUGUUGUAGCGGCUAAUCUGAUGAGUCGGGAGGCGCUGGAGCGGGCGAAUGAUUUGGGAGAUUAUUUGAGGGAAGGAUUACGUCGCAUAUUUGAGCAAAGGUGGUGUGCUUGGCUUGAUGUGGUCGUUAGUGGAAUAGGGAGUACAGUGGGAGUGAAGUUUUUGGGGGAGAAGGGGGACAUGAUUCGGGAUCUCUAUUAUUUCUAUCAGUUGGAAGGGGGCGUGUAUAUGGCGCAUCGGGGAUCGUUUGCAGUCAACCUGGUGCAUCAACGGGAGCAUGUGGAUUUGGUGCUGGAGGUGACGAGGAAGUUUUGUCGCUCGCUGUCGUACAUGUAGCCGAAGUUUAUAUGUUCAGUUACAGAGGCAGAGAACACAUUGUGACGUUGAUGGAGCAU